CGGCACACGUGUGUUUACUGGGAGCAGCAGCAGCAGCAGCAUGGUGAAAGCAGAGACCAGAACCCCGGUGAGCUCUAAGCGGCCGGACGGCGACUCCGCCGCCAUGGAGGAGGAGGAUGAAGAGGAGGAGGUGAGCGGCCGGGAGGAGGAUGAGGACGGGGAGGACGAGGAGGAGCCGCGGCGGCGCCGGCGGCUGCUGGAGGCCAUCAGCGGGCUGGGCGGCAGGAAGCGCGCCCUGGCGGAGCGCUCCGAGGCGGCCGUGCACGUGUCCGAGUUCACGGUGUCGGCGCAGGGCGAGGCGGACCGGGUCCAGCUGUCGGACCUGAUCGGGACGGGGCGGGGCAGCGCCGUGGUGCCGGCCCAGAGCCGGCGGCAGCUGCAGAACCUGCAGCAGGGCGACAGGACGCUGCUCAGCCCGCUCAGCGCUCAGGACAGCCGGCGCAUCCAGAGGGGCGUGGCCUUCCAGAAGGCGGCGGAGCACGUGGGCCGCUGGAGCAGCGUCAUCGUCCAGAACCAGCGGGCUGAGCAGCUGGUGUUCCCCCUGAACCAGGAGCCGGCCGGGCCCCGGCCCGUGGACCGGCUGGUGUCCGGCUGGACGGCCCGGACGCCGCUGGAGCAGGAGGUGUUCGCCCUGCUGACCGCCAACAAGCAGCCCCUCCACGACCCGGCCCUGACCCCCGCCGAGGAGGCCGCGGUCCGGGCCAUGAGUCUGGAGGAGGCCAAGAUCCGCCGCGCCGAGCUGCAGAAGAACCGGGCUCUCCAGUCCUACUACGAGUCCCGCGCCCGCCGCACGCACCGCAUCAAGAGCAAGAAGUUCCACCGGGUCCAGAACAAGGCCAAGAAGCGGCAGGCCCUGAAGGACUUUGAGGAGCUGGUGCAGACGGACCCGGGCGCCGCCCUGGAGGAGCUGCAGGGCCUGGAGCGGAACCGCAUCCAGGAGAGGAUGUCGCUGAAGCACCAGAACAGUGGGAAGUGGGCCCGCUCCAGGGCCAUCGUGGCCAAGUACGACCUGCAGGCCCGGCGGGCCAUGCAGGAGCAGCUGGAGGUCCACAGAGACCUGACCAAGAAGGUGGGGCCCUCCCUGCAGGAGGAGGAGGAGCCCGCCGAGGAGCCGGAGCCCGAGCCCGAGGCCCUGCCCGACUUUGUGAAUGAUGCAGAACCAUCAGGACUGGACUCUUCUAACCCCUGGAUGAGGGGGAGGCUCACGCAGGAGCCCAGUGAGGGGGGGCCGGGCCCGGCAGAGCAGGGGGAGGAGACAAGUAAGGCAGGAGAAGGGAGCGAGGCUGAAGGGGAGGGGCCAGAGGAUGGUGAGGAGGAGCCGGACGAUGCUCUCCUCCGAGAGUUUGACAGGAGGAGGAAGCUGCGUGGGGCCGGGGAGGCUGAAACAACUGUGAUGGAGGAGGAAGAGGAAGGCAUGGAGGAGGAGGAGGGGCCUGCUGGGGCAGAGAGCAAGAGGGGUGGGGUAUCCAUAAAGGAGCCCCUCAAAGACACUGCCCCUCCUCUACAAGAAAGCCUCUUCAGGAUCAGUACUCUGGAGGACGUGGAGCUCCUCCCCCUGGAAGCUCCCGCUAGUGAGCUGGAUGAGCAGCCCUCCCAGGCCCCGCCCACCACACAGGCCCCGCCCCCUGGCCCUGAGGCCCCGCCCCCUGGCAAGACCAAGAAGAGGAAGAGGGGCAUUGAGCUGAAAGAGGUUCUCACCAAAGACACCAAAGCCGUCCCCGUCCCGCUGGCCCCGGCCGUCGUAGACGACGACGAGUCCGGGGAACCGGCCGACCAGAGGACGCUCAUCAGGGAGGCCUUCGCCGGCGACGACGUCGUCUCCGAUUUCCUGCAGGACAAGCGCAAGCAGGAGGACGCGUCCAAACCCAAGGCGGUGGACCUGACUCUGCCCGGCUGGGGCGAGUGGGGCGGCGGGGGGCUCCAGCCCUCCAAAAGGAAACGCAGGAGGUUCCGGGUCAAACCCCCGCCGCCGCCGCCCAGAAAGGAUCAGCAGCUGCCCGGCGUCAUCAUCUCAGAGAAGAGGAACAGCGCCAUCGGCGUCCACCAGGUCAGCUCCCUGCCCUUCCCCUUCGAGAGCCCCGCCCAGUUCCAGAGUGCCGUCCGCGUGCCGCUGGGCCGCACCUGGAACACGGAGCGCACCGUCAAAAAGGCCACCAAGCCCAGGGUUCUGACCCGGCUGGGCGCCAUCAUCGAGCCCAUGGCGAAGGAGGAGUUGGCCAAGGUUGCAAGCAAGGCGGGGGGCCCCGCCUCCAAGCUAAAAGGCUGACCAUCAGUACUCCCGUGUUGGGAAUUCCUGGAUCAGAACCUGAUCCUUGAAAAGGGGCAGUUUCUGUCUGAAUCAGGAAAAGAAAGUCAGAAAUUCUGAUUACAGAAACUUUUAAGAGAAAUGUCGUCUCAUCACUUCCAGCCGGUUCCGGUUCUACAGAAUCUGGUCUUCUGUCAUCGGCUUCAGUGUCAGAGAUGAGGAGGAGGAGGAUGAUGAUGAUGUUUGUGGAGAUGGUUAAGAUGAUGAUGAAGAUGUUUAUGAAGAUGGUUAAGACGAUGAUGAAGAUUAUGAUGGUUAUGAUGAAGAUAAUUACGAUGAUGGUUAUGAUGAUGAUAAGGAGGAGGAUGUGGUCUUGAUCUAUGACCUGGUUCCUUGUUCUCAGCCUCAGACGUGGGUCACUUCUGAUCCAGAAACUUGCUUAAAAAAACUUGUCUUUGCAAAAUAAAAAAAAAUGUGAUUUGAAGAAACUCAGAAUUUCAGAAUUUUUUUAAAAUCAGAGUCAAAUGUUUGUACGUAUUCUAAAGUCAAAAACGAUUAACUCCUAAAUUCACCGACCUUUCAACCCUUUAUUUUCUAAAGUUAGUCUUUUAAAGUCCCAAAUUUCUGUCUGGAGGAGCUUCAGAUGUGUCUUUG